AUGGCUUACUGUAGUAUUCAGACGAAAGUUUACAGUGGCGACUUAGCUUCGUCUUCCAGCUUUUCGCGGUCUUUGGCAGCAGCGCCUGGAACUCUUGGCCUUCAUUCAAUUUCAAAUGCAAGCCGCCGUGUAUGCUGUGACGCUCCAAAACGCCGGUGUUUCCAAGUGUUAGCUCUCGCUGUCAAGCGGAGCCCCAAGCGUCUCAAAUACGCCACUCCUCGCUUCACCAAGGAGGAUGAGCUGCUUUACGUUGAAGUUGAUCCAUCACUAUCAGGAGCGGACAGCUGGAAAUUGGAACCAGUUGUUCAUCUUUUGAAACAGGGCGGUGUUGGUGUUAUUCCUACUGACACUGUGUAUGCAAUAGUUUGUGAUCUCAGAAAUCACUCAGCCAUUGAACGCCUUCGUAGAAUCAAGAACGUUGAUCCUCAAAAGCCCCUUAGCAUCUUAUGCCACUCCUUCCACGACAUUGAUACGUUUACAACAGGGUUCCCUCGUGGCGAUGGCCAAGGUCAUGCAAAUUUAUUCCGCGCUGUUAAGCAUUGCUUACCUGGCCCUUAUACUUUCAUCUUAACUGCAACCAAAGAACUGCCUAAACAUUGUAUAAGGUACGGGACGGCAGAUGCCAAAUACACUUUAAGGAAAAAUGUCGGUGUUCGUAUGCCUGAUGAACCCAUAUGUCAAGCAAUACUGGAGAAGAUGGGUUCACCAUUGAUAUCCACUAGUGUCAAGUGCCCAAAGGAGAAUGAGUGGUUGUUAGAUCCUGUCGUUAUAGCUGAUAUAUAUGGACCUGAGGGCCUUGAUUUUGUCGUUGAUGGCGGGGUAAGAGUGGCUGAUCCAUCAACCGUAGUUGACAUGACAGUGAUCCCUCCCAAACUCAUACGACAAGGAAAGGGACCCAAAUUACACUGGAUGGUUGCAGAAGAUUAG